AUGACGGCCUCUGAAGACGCGAUUGCGGCCAAGAACCGCGGGAAUGAAGCCUUCAAAGCACACGACUGGCCCAAGGCGAUUGACUGCUACACCGAGGCCAUCCAACUGAAUGAUCAAGAACCAUCCUUUUACACCAACCGCGCGCAAGCCAACAUCAAACUCGAGUCGUACGGAUAUGCCAUUGCCGACGCCACCAAAGCCAUUGAAAUCGACCCGCAAUUCGUAAAGGCGUAUUACCGCCGAGCAGUGGCCAAUACCGCCAUCCUCCGACAUGCCGAUGCCAUUCACGAUUGGAAGGUAGUGGUGAGGAAGAACCCGACGGACAAGACGGCCAAGGCGCAGUAUGAAGCCUGUCAAAAAAUGGUCAAGCGGGAUGCCUUUCUCAAGGCCAUUGAGGUCGCCGAUGCCCCUUCGGCCGCCGAGGGAUUGGAUGUGGAGAAUAUGGUGGUCGAGGAGAGUUAUGAUGGUGUUGCAUUGAAGGAGGAGAUGACCGAGGACUUCAUCACGGAUAUGAUCCAACGCUUCAAGGACGGCAAGAGGAUUCAUCGCAAAUAUCUCUUCCAAAUCAUCCUCGCCGUCAAGGAAAUUGUCCAUGCCGAGGCGACCAUGGUGGAGACACAUGUCCAACCCGAGAAGAAGAUUACCGUCUGCGGAGACACCCACGGCCAAUUCUACGACCUGUUGGAAAUCUUCCGUCUGAACGGCUUCCCUUCCGCAUCCCACGCAUACCUCUUCAACGGCGACUUUGUCGAUCGAGGAUCUUGGUCGACGGAAGUGGUCAUCCUCCUCUACUGCUACAAGUGGCUCUACCCCAAAUCCUUCUUCCUCAACCGUGGCAACCACGAAACCGACGACAUGAACCGAAUGUACGGCUUCGAGGGCGAAUGCAAGGCAAAAUACAACGAGCGAGUCUUCAAGCUCUUCUCCGAAUCCUUCUCCGCCCUCCCCCUCGCCACCCUCAUCGGCGACAAAUACCUCGUCUUGCACGGCGGUCUCUUCUCCGAUGACAAAAUCACCCUCGACGACAUCCGCAAAUUGAACCGCCACAACCAACGCCAACCCGGCCAAGCCGGUCUCAUGAUGGAAAUGCUCUGGACCGACCCGCAACCCGAACCCGGCCGUGGUCCCUCCAAGCGUGGCGUGGGUCUGCAAUUCGGCCCGGACAUCACCAAGCGAUUCUGUGAGAACAAUGGUCUUGAAGCCAUUAUCCGCAGUCAUGAAGUGCGCAUGGAGGGGUAUGAAGUGGAACACGAUGGAAGAUGCAUCACCGUCUUCUCCGCCCCGAGGUAUUGUGACAGCACGGAGAAUAAAGGUGCAUACAUCAACAUUGAGAGCGAUUUGAAGUUGCAGUUCAACAAGUUUGAUGCCGUGCCGCAUCCGGAUAUCAAGCCCAUGGCAUAUGCGAAUAAUGGCAUGCAGGGUAUGAUGGGCAUGUGA